GAAGCCACUCGUGACGUCAGCAAACAGCGACGACAGGCGCGUCCUUCAGGUUAACAUGUAACUGGAGUUAUGUUGAUGUAGUGUGUGUCUGUUUUGGCCAGGAUUACAUCUGUUGAUCGCCCAUCAACCUAUCAUAUCUUGGUUGCUGGUGAGACUUACGUGUGUAGAUUGGCCUAUCGGUGACUCGGUCCAUGUGGGGUCACUGAAGAGAGAAGGUAACCCAGUCAUCCCAGUAGAAGUUAGGACCCCCGUGGAGGCGAUGACCGCUCCCAACUCGGCCGAGAGGAAGGCGUGCUGGGGUGCCAGAGAUGAUCUCUGGAAGUGUCUGGACGACCACAAGGACCAGACUGGUCCCUGCGAGAACUUCCAGAAGCAGUUCGAAGCCAGCUGUCCAGCUCAAUGGGUGAAAUACUUUGCCAAAAGAAGGGACUUUCUGAAGUACAAGGAUAAGAUGCAAACGGAGGGUUUCACGCCGGCAGAAGGUCCGAAACAGAAGUCCUAGCCACUGGGAGGCAAUGAACACUGGAUACAACGUCUUUAAUUCUCCAGGACUCUUUAUUAUUAAUUUUUUUGAGCAGAGAUUCAAACGAAUGAAUGAUGUAUGAGAAGAUUACUUCAGUGUUUGAGGAUAAAUGUUUCAUGACCUGGUCUGAGAAUGGACCGCCCGUAUUUUGUAAUUGUUUCAUUUGAUUGAUUCUCUUACUCUCUUCGUCUCCGUAAAUAAAAUCUAGCAUGAUGGCUACUGAUACAAUUCACCCAUUAAUACCUACUUAUGAUCUGUCAAUGAAUACCAUAUUUUAUUUCUAAAAAACAAAUUAUUCUAGUGUGUUUGAGGUACCAAAUAAACACAAACACAGAGUUCAUUGUAAUCCGUUUUAAUUUCAUUUAUUAUAAUCCUAUCCCUGUUCUAUCGAUGUACUGGAUAUAUUUCAAACACAAAAGUCAUUGAAACAUUCAGAUGAAUAUCACAUUUGAUUCUGAUCACAGGAGAAGAAGGCACGUUAUUCAUAUAUUACAAGUCAUCUUGUAUGUACACCAGGUGUGGAUUCACCGUCGAAGUAUGAAAACUAGUGUGUGAAACUGAAAUAAAUAACUGGAAAUAAAUCCUGCUCUAUUUA